UAAAACUAAUAUUUUAAUUUAUUUUGAUGGUGGUUUUUGUGUGACCCACUGUAUAUCGCUAGCUGAGAGGGUUUGUCUGCAAUUGUCCCGGUCUGGCUUUGUUCUGGCCUCGCUUGGUCCUGUUUUUGGGUUCAGCUAAGACCUGGGAAGGUCCAUGCAGCGCUACCGCCACUUUGGCGCCUCCUACUCCUCCUCCUCGCUCUCCUCAGCUCCCGUAGAGGAGGUCCAUGAUGAUGAGGAGGAGGUGUACACUGAAGAGGUGUAUGAAGAGGAGGAGGAGGAGGAGCCGCUGAUAGAGGAGGGAGUGCAGGCUGUGGUGGAGGACACAGGAGUUGUUAAUGAGGAGGAGGUCCCACUGACGAAGGAGGAAGUGACACCUGGUGUCUCGGAGACAGAGGCCAAGACGCCGCCGGUGGAAAGCAAGAAUGGAAAGAGGACAGAAGGAGGAGGAGGAGGAGGAGGAGAUGGAGGAGGGGGUGCUAAAUACUCCAUGUUUACCUGGUUUGUGGUCCUGGCGCUGCUGGGAGUCUGGAGCUCCGUGGCCAUGGUCUACUUUGACAUUGUGGACUAUGACAGUGUCAUUGCCAGAGCUAAGGAGUUUCAUAUGAACUUUUCUGAAGUUUUACAAGGUAAACUGACGGCCUACGACACAGACGGAGACGGAGACUUUGAUGUGGAAGAUGCUAAAGUUCUGCUCGGGCUGAAAGAGGCAGAAGGUCCAGGGGUGGGAGUUUCACCUGAGGAGAAAACAGAAAAAACUGGCGAGCCUGUGGCUGAAAAGGCCAGUCAACAAGCUGCAGAGCUGCAGGGGAACGAGCCAACGGCGGCCACAUCGUCUGACACCGCGACUGAAGAGACUGUAUCAGGGAGCGACCGCCAACCUGCCCGCGACGAUGCAGUCUCUGGAUCUCAGGAUGUGGAGUCUGAAAUCCAAGCUGCUGUCCCUCUCCCUCCUCUGGUGGAAGAUGACUUUGUACCCGAUGAUCCUCGCGACAGCCUGCAUCCGUAUGAGGAUGAAGCCAACACGAUCGACACCACCGGAGUUUUGGUGGAGGAGCCGCCGCCAGAGGAGAGUGUAGUGGAGUCUGGACAGUAUUUGACGAGCUCCAAAUUCUCACAGGAAGCAGAGCCAGCUGUAGAAGCUGAGAACCAGUCUGAACCACCAGCAGAACCAGAACCACAGAGCAUCCCUGAGGCUGAGGGAACAACAGAGAAACGAGCUGAGGAGACGCUGAAAGAAAAAGCAAAGAAAAAGAAACCAAAACUGUUGAAUAAGUUUGAUAAAACUAUUAAAGCAGAGAUUGAUGCAGCAGAGAAGCUUCGCAAGAAGGGUAAGGUGGACGAGGCAUUAAAAGCCUUUGAGACACUGGUGCAGCAGUAUCCACAGAGCCCCCGCGCUCGCUAUGGAAAAGCCCAGGCGGAGGACGACCUGGCUGAGAAGAUGCGUAGCAACGACAUGCUGCAGAGAGCCAUCAACAGCUACAGAGAGGCAGCUGAGCUUCCUGACGCCACCGCCGACCUGCUGAAAGCUGCACUGAAGAGACGAGCCGAGAGGCAGCAGUUCCUGGGUCGGAUGCGUGGGUCUCUGGCGACUCUGGAGAGGUUGGUUCAGAUCUUCCCGGAAGACAUCGGUCUGAAGAACAACCUGGGCGUCGCCUACCUGUUACUAGGAGACAACAAGGGUGCCAAGAAGGUCUAUGAAGAGGUUCUGGCGGUUGCCCCCGACAACGGCUUCGCUAAAGUUCACUACGGCUUCAUCCUGAAGUCGGAGAACAAGAUCGCAGAGAGUAUAACAUACCUGAAGGAGGGUUUGGAGUCAGGUGAACCAGGGACGGAUGACGGCCGUUUUUAUUUCCACCUCGGAGACGCUCUGCAGAGGGUCGGAGACAACAGCGCGUAUCACUGGUAUGAGUUGGGUCACAAACGUGGCCACUUUGCCUCGGUGUGGCAGAGAUCUCUGUACAAUGUAGACGGACUGAAGGCUCAGCCCUGGUGGACGCCCAAAGAGACCGGAUACACUGAUCUGGUCAAGACGUUGGAGAGGAACUGGAAGCUGAUCAGGGACGAGGCUCUGGCUGUGAUGGACCAAAACACCGGACUGUUCAUACCUGAGGAGGAAAACCUGAGAGAGAAAGGAGAGUGGGGCCAAUACACACUGUGGCAACAAGGGAGGAAAGCUGGAAACUCCUGUCAGGGCGCCCCGAAGACCUGCUCACUGCUGGAGAGAUAUCCUGAAGCUACAGGCUGCAAGAGAGGACAGAUUAAGUUCUCAGUGAUGCAGCCAGGUACUCAUGUGUGGCCUCACACUGGUCCCACUAACUGCAGACUGAGGAUGCACCUCGGCCUCGUCAUCCCCAAACAGGGCUGCAGGAUCCGCUGCACCAACCAGACCAGGGAGUGGGAGGAGGGCAAAGUCCUCAUCUUCGACGACUCCUUCGAGCACGAGGUUUGGCAGGACGCCGACAGCUACCGCCUCAUCUUCAUCGUGGACGUCUGGCACCCGGAGCUGACGCCGUACCAGCGGCAGACUAUGAGCGCGAUUUAGACCGGCCCGGACACACCGCGGACCGGGACCCGGACGGGAGAAUGUGGACUGCAAACCUGGUAAGAAUCUUGAACGAUUCUUCCACUGUGGAUGAAACUGCCUAAAACACUGACUGCCUGAAUCUGAGAAGAAGUGGACGGUGAGUUUGACGGACAGACUGACUGGAUUCUUUUUUUUUCUUUUUUGAUUUUUGUGGAUAAACUACUAAAACCGCCGAAGAUGAAGGACCGAAGGAUGGAAAUUCAGAAAAGGAAACGUUUUUUUUUCUUCUGGGUAAUACUACUGACUUGACAGCCUUUCACCAAUAAACAAACUGAACACAUGCGGUACUUGUUUAAGCCCUGCUUGGACCAGGUUUACGGUCCCCCCCCCCCCCGGUCAUGGAAGUCUCGCGAGCAUUAUAGAGCUCAGAAUGUGCUUUCUAGCUCUGGAAAUGUUUUGAAAAGUUGGACAUCAUUUCCAGUUGUGUUUAAUCUUUCCGAAAAGGUACAGAAGUUACUCGAGUCUGGAACCAAGGUCGGCUCUCUGAUGUUACGUGUCAAGUUUUGAAACACUAAAAACCUAGAACAGAUAGAGAAAUAUUCUAGGGAAUCUCCUUCAUUACAUUAAAGAAAAAAAAACCUCAUAUUCAUUUUUGAUAAUGUUGUGGAAAUGUUGUUGCUGUUCUCUCAACUGUGUAUGAACUAAGAGAGAAGCCGUAAUUUUAGCUCGACCACUAUGCAUUUUUUUGAUUUUAUCCAGCUGGGUUUUCAGUUUCACUUUUUCAUCACUUUUGCACAGUAACUUGGAAACAUAAGAUGCUAUAAAAGAUGAUUUAUAUUUAUAUUAAAAAAAAUACGUAAAAAAUUGCAACCAUGAAAAGGAA